AUGGGCUCGGAAGAGGAGCAGAAGCCCGUCAUCAUCGUCGGCGGCGGCCUGGCCGGGCUGGUGGCCGCCCACGAGCUGGCCCAGCGCAAGGUGCCGACGGUCAUUGUCGACCAGGAGAACGAAAACAGCCUGGGCGGACAGGCCUUCUGGUCGCUGGGCGGCCUGUUCCUCGUCGACUCGUACAGCCAGCGCCGCAUGGGCAUCAAGGACUCGCGCGAGCUGGCGAUGCGCGACUGGCUGGGCUCCGCGCAGUUCGACCGCGACGAGGACUACUGGCCGCGGCAGUGGGCGCGGGCCUUUGUCGACUUCGCCACGGACGAGUUCGAGGACUACGUGCGGGCGCUCGGGCUGGGCUUCCUCUUCAACGUCGGCUGGGCCGAGCGCGGCGACGGCCGGGCAGACGGCCACGGCAACUCGGUGCCGCGCUUCCACAUUGCCUGGGGCGCCGGGCCCGAGGUGGUGCGCGUCUUUGCGGAUCCGGUGCGCAGGGCGGCCGACGAGGGCCUCGUGACGUUCAAGUUCCGGCACCAGGUCGACGAGCUCGUCGUGGACGGCACCGGCCGGGCGGUCGGCGUCAGGGGCAGCGUGCUCGAGGCCGACGACUCGCCCCGGGGCGUCCAGACGUCGCGAGCCGUCGUCGACUCGUUUGAGCUGCGCGGCGCCGCCGUCAUCGUCACGUCGGGCGGCAUCGGCGGCAACAUCGAGGCCGUCAAGAAGAACUGGCCCGUCGACCGCCUGGGCCCCAAGGUGCCCGACUUCUUCGUCACCGGCGUGCCCGCCCACGUCGACGGCCGCAUGCUCCAGAUCACCGAGAACGCCGGCGCCAACCUCGUCAACCGCGACAGGAUGUGGCACUACACCGAGGGCCUGCAGAACUGGGACCCCAUCUGGCCCAACCACGGCAUCCGCAUCCUGCCGGCCCCGUCGUCGCUGUGGCUCGACGCCUCGGGCAAGCGGUUCCCGCCGUAUCUCUUCCCCGGCUCGGACACGCUCAGCACGCUCAAGGCCAUCUGCGCGACGGGCUACGACUACAGCUGGUUCAUCCUCGACCAGAGCAUCAUUGCGCGCGAGUUUGCCCUCUCCGGCUCCGAGCAGAACCCGGACCUGACCAGCAAGAGCAUCUGGGAGCUGCUCAAGAACAGGCUCUUUUCCUCAAAGGGCACCGUCAACGUGCAGCUGUUCCAGGAAAACGGCAAGGACUUUGUCGUGCGAGACACGCUCAAGGAGCUGGUCGCCGGCAUGAACGAGCUGGCCAAGGAGCGCAACGGCCCGGUCCUCGACUACGACAAGAUCAAGGAGGUUGUCGACGCCCGCGACGACCAGUUCAACAACGCCUACUCCAAGGACGCCCAGGCCAUGCUCAUCCACAACGCGAGGUCGUACUGGAUAGACAAGCGCAGCCGCGUCGCGGCGCCGCACAAGCUGCUGGACCCUGCCCACGGGCCCCUCAUCGCCGUCCGCCUCAACCUGCUCAGCCGCAAGACGCUCGGCGGCCUCGAGACGAACCUGAGCAGCAACGUCAUGAGGAAAGACAUGACGCCGUUCCCGGGCCUCUACGCCGCGGGCGAAGUCGCGGGAUUCGGCGGCGGAGGCGUCCACGGCUACAAUUCGCUCGAGGGCACCUUUCUGGGCGGCUGCAUCUUUUCGGGGCGCACGGCUGGCCGAGCCGUGGCGGACGAGCUGGCCGAGGUUGUCAAGGAGUGAGUGGCGUGUCUUCUGGGGGAGCUUCCUUUUUUUUUUUCUUUGAGAAGAGUGAUGAGGUUAUACUACCGUGUUUUUCUUAUUUACGACGAAACCCGCGGGGCAAAAGGCGAGUUGG